AUGGAAGACAAGAAUGCGUAUGUCGCGAAGCCCUCGGAUAUCUGUUGCCUCAAGGGUACCAUCCACGAAGGCGAGUCCAGGGGGACCUUCGAAACCAUUGCGGGCGUCGAGACCUACAUUGUCCGACCUCCUGAGGCCAAAGCCAACGACAACAUACUCCUCUACUUCCCGGACGUCUGGGGCAUGUUCCCAAAUGGUCUGUUGAUCAUGGAUGGUUUCGCAGAUGCUGGCUACUUCGUGCUGGGCUUGGACUACUUCCGGGGGGACCCAGUGUGGAAGCAUCGGAAGAAUAGACACGAUACGACGACAGAUCCGAUAUUCGACUACGAGGCAUGGAAGCGCAAACACAUCGCCUUCGCAGACGAAGCGGUGCCUCCGUGGGUUGAUGCUGUCAAAAAGCUUUACGGCAGAGACGAGACAAAGUAUGCCUGUGUCGGGUAUGUCGUCUUCCACGAUGAUCAUCUCGACCCUCUCUGA